GGAAGCGCGGGUCACGUGGCGCGGCGGAAGAUGGCGGCGCCCGCGGGCGGCGGGCCGGGGCCGGCGCCGCUGCUGCGGGUGGCGGCGGAGUGCGCGCGGAGCCGGGCGCGGGCCGGGGAGCUGCGGCUGCCGCACGGCGCCGUGCCCUGCCCCGUCUUCAUGCCCGUGGGCACCCGCGGCACCGCCAAGGGCGUCACGGCGGCGCAGCUGGCCGCGCUCGGCUGCCGCAUCUGCCUCGGCAACACCUACCACCUGGGCACGCGGCCGGGCCCCGAGCUGGUGCAGCGCGCGGGCGGCCUCCACGGCUUCAUGGACUGGCCCCACAACCUGCUCACGGACAGCGGCGGCUUCCAGAUGGUUUCGCUGUCGGCGCUGUCGGAGGUGACGGAGGAGGGCGUCCACUUCCGCUCGCCCUACGGCGGGGAGGAGAUCCUGCUCAGCCCGGAGAAGUCCAUCGAGAUCCAGAACGCCCUGGGCGCCGACAUCAUGAUGCAGCUGGACGACGUGGUCAGCAGCACCACGACGGGGCCCCGCGUGGAGGAGGCCAUGCACAGGUCCGUGCGCUGGCUCGACCGCUGCAUCGCCGCCAACCGGCACCCGGAGCGGCAGCAUCUCUUCGCCAUCAUCCAGGGCGGCCUGGACCCGGCCUUGCGCACCAAGUGCCUGGAAGAGAUGACGCGGCGGGAGGUGCCCGGCUUCGCCAUCGGCGGCCUGAGCGGCGGCGAGGAGAAGGGGCAGUUCUGGCGCGUGGUGAAGCUCAGCGCCGAGCGGCUGCCGCGGGACAAGCCCCGCUACCUCAUGGGCGUGGGCUACGCCACCGACCUGGUGGUCUGCGUCGCCCUGGGCUGCGACAUGUUCGACUGCGUCUUCCCCACGCGGACGGCGCGCUUCGGCUCGGCCCUGGUGCCCUGGGGCUCGCUGCAGCUGAAGAACAAGCAGUUCGCCAAGGAUUUCCGGCCCAUCGACGAGGCCUGCGGGUGCCCGACGUGCCGGGGGUACAGCCGCGCGUACCUGCACGCGCUGCUGCGCAGCGACACGGCCGCGCUGCACCACCUCACCGUGCACAACAUCGCCUACCAGCUCAACCUGAUGCGCGCCGUGCGGGAGAGCAUCCUGGCGCAGCGCUUCCCCCGGUUCGUCCGGGACUUCAUGCGCACCAUGUACGGCUCCCGGGAGCGGUACCCGGCCUGGGCCGUCGAGGCGCUGGCCUCCGUCGGCAUCCCGCUGGACUGACGCCGCGCCGGAGCCGCGCCGGGGCCGCGCCGGGGCCGCGGGACACCCGGCCUGGAUGUGCCCCCCCCGCCCCGGGCGGUUCCCUCCUUUCUCCACAUAUAUUUUUGUACCGGAUCCCUGGA